UAGCUAAACAAAGGGCAAGAGACGGCGAGUUUAGUUUUGAAAGCGUGCGUGUGCGUGGGAGGGUCCGAAGAAGCACAACGUUGGAGAAAGUGAUUCUCGUUCUGUUCUUCUACUCACAAGAGCAACAACAACAACAUCAGAAUCAGAAACAGCAAUGGCCAACACUAACUUGGACGAUGUUCCCUCUCUGGAUCUCAUGACUGAGCUCCUUCGUCGCUUCAAGUGCUCUUCCAAACCUGACAAGCGUCUUAUUCUCAUUGGCCCACCUGGAUCUGGGAAAGGCACCCAGUCACCAAUCAUAAAAGAUGAGUACUGCUUAUGCCACUUAGCUACUGGUGAUAUGUUAAGAGCAGCUGUAGCAGCUAAGACCCCUCUUGGUGUCAAGGCUAAAGAAGCUAUGAAUAAGGGAGAACUUGUUUCUGAUGACUUGGUUGUUGGCAUUAUAGAUGAAGCAAUGAAAAAACCUUCAUGUCAGAAAGGUUUCAUUCUUGAUGGUUUUCCAAGAACUGUGGUCCAAGCACAGAAGCUUGAUGAGAUGCUGCAAAACCAAGGAGUUAAAGUUGAUAAGGUGCUCAAUUUUGCAAUUGAUGAUGCAAUCCUUGAGGAGCGAAUUACUGGUCGCUGGAUACACCCAUCCAGUGGCAGAACCUACCAUACAAAAUUUGCUCCUCCUAAGGUUCUUGGUGUUGAUGAUGUUACUGGUGAACCACUUAUCCAGCGCAAGGAUGACACUGCAGCUGUUCUUAAGUUAAGACUGGAGGCAUUUCACAAGCAAACCGAACCGGUUAUUGAUUACUAUUCAAAGAAGGGCCUUGUUGCUAAUCUUCAUGCUGAGAAACCACCCAAAGAGGUGACAGUUGAAGUGGAGAAAGUGCUGUCUUAAAACAUAGUUCAUCUUUUGAUCUCGGGCUUGAACUGCAAUUGUUUUUUUUUUUUUGGCUAUAGGAAAACUUUUGUUGCCAAUUUGAUCCUCGGGCUGUUCUCAAACCCAGAUUCGAAGAGCAACUUUGAUGAAUAAAAAAAUCAAUUGAAUUUGAAUUUUGGUCUUUUUA